AGAAAACUGGAAUGGCAACACUGCUGCAAGCAUAUACUUUCUAAAGUGAAAUCUGACAAGCUUGCCUAGCCAAAUCAAGUUGAAGUUGAUUUUUCUUGUUUCUUGUUGAACAAACAACCAUAAAAUGUAUAAAUAUUCGCCUAAAUUUUUCAAAUUUUCCUAGUAUUUUUUGCGUUUUGUGUGCCAAAACUAUUGUGCAAUGUAGUUUUUGUGCUAGUGAGAAGUGGAGAGUUGAAAUUUUCUAGUUUACUUCAAGAAAUUCCCUAAAAAAUUACCAAGCUGUGGAAAGGUUUGAUCUCAAUUUUCUUUUUUUAAUGACCCUUUGUGGUUUUCACCAACUUUCGUUCUUCAACUUUAUUUAGUUUAUAAAUCUUCUCUCAACUGUAUAUAAUAUCAACACAUUUUCCAUGGUAUAAAAUCUUUUCUCCUUGGGACAAGUCAAAAUGCAAGCUGAUGACCCUCCGUACCUAUCGGUCGGUACGGCCGUCAGUGCAAAAUACAAGGGGGCUUUUUGUGAAGCUAAAGUCAGCAAAGUAGAUCGAGUUGUAAAAUGCAAAGUGACGUUUAAAAGUGGACUAGGAGCUACCACAGUAUCAGAUAACGAGAUAAAAGGCACCCUGAGGGUGGGUCAGCAAGUGCAAGUUAAACAUCCAGAUCAUAAGGAGUUGCUGGAAGCUACCAUAACCAAAAUACAGGAUUGUAGUCAGUAUACUGUUGUGUUUGAUGACGGAGACAUUACUACCUUAAGAAGGACAGCUCUCUGUUUGAAAAGCGGCAGACAUUUCAACGAAAGUGAGACAUUAGACCAGCUACCACUUACACAUCCAGAACACUUUGGAAUUCCAGUCAUGGGUGGAAGACGGGGAAGAAGAAACAGGUUAUUAAAGGAUGAAAGUAGUGAUGAAGAAUUAGAAGAAGAAACCGAACCAGAUCUGGAAGGUUAUACUCAAGAUAUUGGUCGAGUUGUCAGUGUCGAAACUGGCGAAAAUAAACGAGGCAAAGAAAAGUGGUUUCCUGGUCUUAUAGUUAUUCCAUCAGCACAACCCACUGUCAAGAUCAACAUUAAGGAUGAAUUCCUAAUAAGAUCUUUUAGAGACGACAGAUACUAUACUGUUCCAAAAAAAGAGGUUAACGAGUUCAAUAGAGACCUAACAGAAAAAAUUGACAGUGCUGGAUUAGCUGAAGCCAUACAAAAAGCUAAUAAAUUCUUAGAUAACAAUGAGCUACCUUUGCACUGGGAAAAAAGUUCACUUUUCCACAAUACAGCUGAUAGUGACAGUGAAGACAAUGUUAGUGAAACAUCUGAUGAGGAACAAAGUGAAGAAAAAGACAGAUUUGUAGCUCAGCUCUAUAAAUACAUGGAUGAUUCAGGUACUCCAUUGAACAAGACCCCCACAAUAGCUGGCAAAGAUAUAGAUCUUCAUAGACUAUUUCUUAUUGUGGAUAAAAUGGGCGGUUACAAUAGAGCGACAAAUCAAGGCAAAUGGAAAGCUGUAGCUGGUAAAAUGAGGCUUACAGUAAACCAAAACGUUUCCAAUCAAGUGAAAUCGGUUUACAAAAAAUGCUUGCUGAGCUAUGAAGGAUUUUUCAGGACUUUGGGCGUUACUAUGUCAAAUCCUGUUAGAUCUGUUAAGAAAGCUAAAGGGAGGAGUUUGAUUAGGGAUAAAGACAGGACACCAGUGAGUAGCCCAAGGCCAGAACGUGAUGAUGAUCUAGCUGAAAAACCUGCCACUCCAUUACCGGAAAAACAAGAACCUAAAUUGAAAAGGAAAUCGGAAGUGAAAGAGAAAGAACCUAUUGUGAAAAAAAUAAAAGUUGAACCUCGAGAUACAAGCGGUGACGUGUCAGAUACUCCCAGUACAUCUAGCAUAAGGCCAAAAAGGCACGAAAACAAAAUGAUGAAGGAUAAAAAAAUUAAGCCCGCCCAAGGAGAGAAAGUUAAGAUGCUUGUUGAAAAAUUUGAGGAGAGCGCUAAAAAAGAGGAAAAGGUGCAAUUAACGCGUUCCAAGACAUUGACAUCCUUGAAACCAAAAGAAUUGGUCAAGGAAAUGGUAACCACCAGACAAAGUAAAGAAGGAGGAGCUGCAUCACCGACAAAGCCAGUAGUUACAAAACCUGUUAGGAAAGUUCCAGUCAAGGAAGAAGAGGUUACACAAGAGAAAGACAAAAAACCAAAAAUCACCAAAAAGAAAGCUGAAAGCGAAAAGUUAGCCGACAUCGAUCCACUUCCAACAGCCAACCUAGGAGACAAAUUAAUCGUUUAUUAUGGACCAACCAACGAGUCAAAAGUGACUUACGAAGCGAAAGUGGUGGACAUGGACAAAGAUCCAACAGGCCCUCUAUAUUUUGUGCAUUACACCGGAUGGAACACACGAUACGACGAAUGGAUACCUGCCAUUCGCAUUGCCGAAAACCUUAGCUCUGGCACAAAAUCAAAACGAGGUGCCAAAGUUCCCACACCCGUCAACGUCAGACCUAGCUCCAGUAGCACUGGUCCUUCAUGUUCCACAUCGAAACCUUCAGCUGGCAAAAGAAGCCGUUUAACGUCCUCUUCCAGUAGAGGUGCUCCAGAGGAAAAAACUCCGAGAUCUACAUCUCCGUCUAGUGGCACUUCAACAGGCAGCAUGUCAAGAAGCCCAGCUAUGCAUGCAACAAGGUCGAUAAGACUUGCUGCUAAGCAAGAAUCAAAAAGACGCAGGAUAUCCGCUCAGACUGAUGUCUCCGCGCACUCAGAUUCUGAACAUGAAAGUUCUGAAAGUGAAGCUGAGCUUCCAAGGACAAGAAGUGGCAGUAUUAAAACUGAUGAAACAGAAGUUAAGACCUAUAAAAAGAAAGCACGUGCAGUGUUAACUCUUGCUAAAGUACGAAAAGAUGCCGCAAAAGAUGAUCAGGACGCGGAAGCAGAGAAAGGCGAUGACAAAAGGAUAAUAAAAAAAAUUAAAAAAGCUUCAGAAAAAUCAGCAGAUGAAAGUGAUGAAGAAGAUAGUUUUGGUGCCAAAGGUAGAGAUUUCGAUUUGAAUCAAAUUCGCUCGGAACUUAAAGGGUUUUCCAAGGCCGUUAAAGUUCCUACAGCCGGAAUUGACAAAGAGAAUGUAUCGUCGUCUGAAGAUUCUUCUGAAAAAGUUAAUAUUAAAGAGGAAAAAGAAGUUGUUACAGUUAAGAUCGAAGAGGAACCAAAACAAAAAACACCUCCCAGGCCGGCAUCGCCUCCAAAACUGGAAAAAUCCUCUAGUUCAGAUGAUAUUUACGAAUUCAAAGAGCCCGAACCGUUUGAAUUUGAAACUAGGUCCAAAUUAGGUGAUGACAAAAAUUCCAAGAAACGUCUUCCUAGAAUUUUUGAUUCUUUGGAGGAUAAAUCUCCUAGGAAAAGGGUUGGAGCCAGAUCACCCUUAUCGCCAGGUAAGAGCGAUAAAUUAUGCCGCCCUGAACCCAGAACCUAUUCUCGGCUGCCAAAGAAAAUCCAGCUUUCUGACGAUGAAGAUGAUGACGACGAUUUAAUGGCCGAUUUGUUGCCCAUUGGUUUUAAAAGCAGCGUCGAUCCAUUCGAUAAAUUGUUGAUAGAGUCGCAGCAAAUUUUUAACAUAAAGAGUAGCUCAGAAGAUAUCAUUGAAAGUAAACCAUCGACAUCCUUCGCUGACAGUUUGAGUUUAUUCAAAGAACCACCCGAAACUUCCGAUGAUUGCAGCAGAGAUAUGGAAUUGUCAGACUGCGAGUCGCAACAGCAAAUAUUUACCAGAGAGGACACGCUAUUUUCAACUACAUUCUCCAAGUCGCCAACAGACAGAAAUACGCCCGACUUUUCCAGCAGCAAAACUGAUGAAGGUAAAACUACCAACAGUGACGAUGACGAUAUACAAGCUCAAAUUCAAAGAGUUAUCGCUCAGAGCUCGUCGACAGACGAUGAUAGCAGUAACUCCAUGAUCAUCGCGCCCAUUACAAACCCAAUUUCUUCACCAAAGAAAGCCGAACUGGAAAUACCACCAAACAAAAUAAUUAGUAAAAUCAGUGUUUUAACGUUGCCUUCGACUUCCAAAAAUGAACCUUCACUGCCUCCAGCUCUUGAUAAAGAAAUUCUAGAACCUAUUAAUAAGCCAGCAGCUGAGCAAGAGAAAAAACCAGAACCACAAAAAUCCGAAACUCCUUCAUUACCAACGACACCAACCCAGAAACCAUCAGAACCUAUUUCCACCCCCGAAGCCAUUGAAAUCAAACCACCUUCACCUAAAAAACCUAUUGAUCCAGCUCUACAAGAAACAGACAGUACUCUUUUAGAAUCGAUUGUAGCUACACCACCUCUGAUUUUGAAUCCAAAAUUGGAUGAGACUUGCAAAGAAUUGACUGCUGUUAAAACUGGCACCAAAGUAGCAGAUUCUAUAUUGCAAAAGUUCAGCUUUAUUAAAAAUAAUAUUGAAACAAAAUCGAACAAAUCUGAAGCAAGUAGUUCAUUGUCUACUGUUACUGCCAAUACUAGUAAAGAAAAACGAAGUGACAUUAAUAAACCUAGUACUAGAUCCGGCACUCCACUAGUUACCAAGCCAGAAAACACUGAACCCAAACCAUCUACGUCAGAAAUAAAACCUUUCAAACCAAUAUUAUUUGAUAUUAAACCUUCCGAAAUUAAGUCAAAGCUUGAUGAUAACAAACCAUCGCCAAAACCUCUAGAUAUUCUCAAACCAAAAUCCUUAGAACUACUCAAGGGUAAACCUCCAGAUGUACUUUCGAAACCAUCAACUUCCACUGCAGAAUUUACAGACACUAGAAGAAGAAGACGGCCUAUUAGUAAGGCCAUUAUUGAAGAAUCGGAUAGUGAUAGUAGCGACUCGGAGCAUUUGAUUAUUAGAUCGGAUAAUGAUGAUUCUCAGACAAAUUCUUCAGAUAAUAAGCCUCUGAUUGAGAGCAAGAAUACUGAUAGUAAUAUGUCAUCGCAGAAAAUCAUCAACACAACAACAGAUGACUCUGAAUCCCAACCAGAAGUAGAAAAACGCAACUUCAGCUUUGAAGACAUUCUACCAAAAGACAAGCCAAAACCCGAAGUAGAAGAAAAGCCAAAAGACAAAGAAGAACCACCGGAAGUACCGGCAAAACUUGAAGAGAAAAAGACUGAAAUAGAACCAACGGAAAAAGAGGAGGUUAAGCAAGAGCAAGAUCCUAAUUUGCACUCUCUGCUACUGUGCGAGGAAGAAAUCCCUAGAAGUCCUGCACCUGUUAUAGAGUUACCCAGUACCAAUGAAGGUGCAAACACUUCAUCUGUUCAUGAAAUGCCAUUUGCCAGCGCUCCUGGAACCAGCAACAGUAAAAUGUUGUUGGAACCACCCAAAAAGCACCAACCUCCUCCGUUAGUUAUACCAAUAGAGCGAGAGAAUAGGGUGGUAGACGCGCAGGCCGUGAUUGAAAAUACUCCACCCACAACCCCCGAGAGCACAAUCAGUAACUUGUCUCCUCGAGGGGAUAAUGGAAACAUUUCACCCAUAUCCAAUGACAGUAAGUCAAAUGAAGGGGAGCCAGAUUUUGGAAAAAGUGGUGCAAUUAAAGAUUCUCCAUAUAGUGAAGAAGAUACUCAACCCAGUAGUGACUUGCCACGGAGUCGAAAAACAUCGGAAUCCUUUGGCCCGCCGUUGGUCUAUCGGAAACGACGAAGAUCUCUUAGAAAUUCAGAGGACGGUUCUUCUAGCGUACCAGUUGUGCCAGCUAAACGUGGACGCAAACCUCGUCAGAGGCGGGAUACUGAUAGUGAUGAUGCCUCAGAAAACUCGAUGGCUGGUAGUGGUUUCGGUGGCGGUGGUACUACGCCUGGUAGUACCACGGCUGUUUACGAGAGGUCGACGCGGUCGCCCAGGCCGUCAAAGUAUAAUUUCUUUGUGGAAUUUGAUCCCAGUUUGGAUAGUACUCAAAGGAUAGCAGUUUUACAACAGAAACUGGCAGAACUGAGAAAAACUUAUGCCGAUGUCAAGGCCGAAUUGGCAACAGUAGAACGUAGACGGAAGAAAAUUAGAAGAAGGGAACGAGAAGUUCCGCCGGCUAAGGAUAAUAAUUUAGAAGACCAAACGAUUAUUGCCAGAAAAAGAGAGGAGGAAUUGGCAGAGAUCGCUGGUGUUCUCCUGCAAGCCAGUACCUCAAGAUUGAUUUGCUAAUUUUAAGUUUUAACUUUGUGCAAAAUCAAAGGUCAUCAUAUUCAUCAGUUGGUUGUUUUUUUCUUCAUUUUAUCAUCACUAAUCAUUUUCUUGUUUUUCAUACUUCUAUAAAUCCAAUUUUCGGGUUGAAAAAAUUAAUUUGUCAAAUUGAAGAUCUCAUUCAAACUGUUUUCCAUAUAAUAAAAUCUGAUGUUACUGGAAUCAUCAUUUUGAAAACUAAAAUCCGUGUAGUUCAUGCAUUUUGUUGAAUUUUUAGUAAUAAAAAUUAUUUAUAAGAUAGCAAGACUAUGUUGGAAUUAUAAGAACAGUAAUUUUAUACUUUUUAACAUGGUCUUCGAUAUUAUAUUGGAACGUUAUUUAGUUUUUAAAUCGUAGUUUGCCUGUAAACUAUGUGUAGCUGAAAGAAAUUAUAAUUUUUACUUUUGUAGUUUUAGUUGUGUAGUUUCUGAGAAAUUUCAAAUUACAUUUUCAGCUUUAAAGUCGGCAAAGCAGGAGAUGGCGUGCGCGUGACAAAAGAACAAGUUAGUCUCGAAUGAUGUAUCAUUAAAAAUAGCUCUAGGAUGAUUCGACGAGAGAUGAGACGACAUUCUGCGCUUUGCUUAUUUGGGCCGUGAUUAUACGGCCCUUUAGGUUGUGUAGUUGAGGCUUUAGAAACCUUGAAGCAACCCGAUAAGUACAACAUUUCCGAUCAAAGGUUUUUAGAUUAUAAUGCUAUAAGAUUUUUAAAUGUUAAUAUUAUCGAUGUUGUCUUUUUCUUAGGGUAAUUAUCUAAAAGAUAAAAAAAAAUUGUACAUAAUUGUACUUCUUAGGAAUCGACUAAAAUGAUAAACAAAUCAUUUGUAUUUAUUGUUAAUUGUAUAUAGGUACAUUAUUGUGAAUUUUUAAAAAAAUGUAAGUGAAAAAUUACAUGUUGGAUCAUUAUUAUUAUGUUCUUUAUGCAAUAUUUGCCGGGAUUUUUAUGAAAGCCAUUAUGGAAUAAUUAUUAAUAUAUAAAUAUCCGUAUACAAUACUUUAGUUUUAUCUUUUUCCAGUAAGAAUCUAAAAUCCCAUUAAAUUUAUAUUUAGUGUGCAAUUUACUUGAGUUCUAUGUAUGUAAAUGUAAUUAUUAUAAAUAAUUUUGACACUUCUAAUAACCAUUCAAAAAACAUUUCCAAUAAAAAAUUGAUACCUAGUAUACACCCUGAUUCACAUAGCCCCUGCAUUAGAAGUUUUUCAGUUUGCAGGUGGAUUAGCAAAGAAAGCAUCUAAUUUACCUGCACGGGCUAAGUAAAUCACACUGUACAUGAUUGCUCAAAAUUUGUGAUAAAUAAUGUGACUUUUGUUAUUUUAGUUAUUAUAUUGUAAGGAAGCGUUCUUUUUUUUUGUGUCCAACAUGUAGGUACUUUAUACAUAUAAAAAUAUUUAUGAUUUAUCUGAGAAUAGAAUGAAAAUCAAAAA